AUGGAGACAGAGGAGUUCAUCCCGCCCCCGGAGUGCCCCGUUUUCGAGCCGACUUGGGAGGAGUUUGCCGACCCUCUGGGCUAUAUAGCCAGGAUCCGGCCAAUCGCGGAAAAGUCGGGGAUCUGUAAAAUCCGCCCGCCUGUGGACUGGCAGCCACCAUUUGCAGUUGAAGUGGAUAACUUUCAUUUCACCCCUCGCAUUUCAGAGACUCAAUGAACUGGAGGCUGAAACCAGAGUGAAGCUCAACUACUUGGACCAAAUUGCAAAGUUCUGGGAGAUCCAGGCGUCAUCGCUCAAAAUCCCCAACGUGGAGCGCCGAAUUCUGGACUUGUACACCCUCAGCAAGAUUGUACGGGAAGAGGGUGGCUACGAGCUGAUCUGCCGGGAGAGGAGAUGGGCGCGCGUGGCGCAGCGCAUGGCGUAUCCCUCAGGAAAGAACAUCGGCUCCCUGUUGAGGUCCCAUUACGAACGCAUCAUUUUCCCUUUCCACAUGUACCAGUCUGGAGCCAACUUGGUGGACUGCGGGGAGCGGCCGCGCUAUGACAGCGAAGAGAAGGACAAGGAGUACAAACCUCACAGUAUUCCACUGCGGCAGUCUGUGCAACCCUCCAAAACCACCAGCUACGGGCGGCGCGCCAAGCGUCUCACUCAGGAGCCGGAACCGACCGAAGAAGACAUCGAGAAGAACCCGGAGCUAAAGAAACUUCAGAUCUAUGGUGCGGGUCCAAAAAUGAUGGGGCUUGGCCUGAUGGCGAAAGACAAAAACCUGCGCAAGAAAGAGACGCAAUCUGUUUCAGAAGGAGAUAUCCCAGAAUGCCCCCCAACACUGGUGGUGAAGGAGGAGGUUGGAGAGGUCGAGGAGAGCAGACUGUACAUAAAGCGGGAACGAUCGCUCAGUCCUGAACCCUGCACAAAGAUGACCAUGAGACUGCGUCGGAGCACCAGCAGCGCCCAGUUUGUGGAUUCCUACGUCUGCCGCAUCUGUUCCCGCGGGGAUGACGAUGAGAAGUUAUUACUGUGUGACGGCUGUGAUGACAACUACCACACGUUCUGCCUGUUACCCCCACUUCCUGAACCCCCAAAAGGCAUCUGGCAUUGUCCCAAAUGUGUCAUGGCCGAAUGUAAACGUCCGCCGGAAGCCUUUGGGUUUGAACAGGCGACGCGGGAGUACACCCUGCAGAGUUUCGGCGAGAUGGCGGAUUCCUUUAAGGCAGAUUAUUUCAAUAUGCCAGUUCAUAUGGUGCCUACGGAGCUGGUGGAGAAGGAGUUUUGGCGUCUGGUGAACAGCAUCGAGGAGGAUGUGACGGUGCAGUACGGGGCCGACAUUCACUCCAAGGAGUUCGGCAGCGGCUUCCCUAUGCUGGACGGGAAAUCGGAGCUGACUCCCGAGGAGAAGACGUACGCCACCAGUGGCUGGAACCUGAACGUGAUGCCGGUGCUGGAGCAGUCAGUGCUGUGCCACAUCAACGCCGACAUUUCCGGCAUGAAGGUGCCGUGGCUGUACGUGGGAAUGGUGUUCUCCGCUUUUUGUUGGCACAUCGAAGAUCACUGGAGCUAUUCCAUCAACUAUCUUCACUGGGGUGAACCCAAGACCUGGUACGGGGUGCCAUCCUCAUCCGCCGAACAGCUUGAAGGGGUCAUGAAGAAGCUGACACCGGAGCUCUUUGACAGCCAACCAGAUCUGCUGCACCAGUUGGUGACGCUGAUGAACCCCAACACACUCAUGUCACACGGCGUUCCGGUUGUUCGCACCAACCAAUGUGCCGGCGAGUUUGUCAUCACCUUCCCACGAGCCUAUCACAGCGGCUUCAACCAGGGAUACAACUUUGCUGAGGCCGUCAACUUCUGCACCGCUGAUUGGCUCCCAGCAGGAAGAAAAUGUAUCGAGCAUUACCGCCGCCUGCGCAGAUACUGCGUCUUCUCCCACGAAGAGCUCAUUUGCAAGAUGGCCGCGUGCCCGGAAAGACUGGACCUGAGCCUGGCCCGCGGCCGUCCACAAGGAGAUGCUCUUGUUGGUGCAGGAGGAGCGCAGGUUGCGGAAAGCCUUGAUGGAGAGGGGGGUCUCCGAAGCGGAGCGGGAAGCCUUCGAGCUCCUCCCGGAUGACGAAAGACAGUGUCAGAAGUGCAAGACCACCUGCUUCCUGUCUGCCUUGGCCUGUUACAGCUGCCCUCAGGGCCUGGUGUGCCUGUAUCACAUCGAUGAUUUGUGUCAGUGCCCGCCUUCCCGACAGUAUCUCAGGUAUCGUUACACCCUGGACGAACUUCCAGCCAUGUUACACAAGUUAAAAGGUCGAGCUGAGUCCUUCGACACCUGGGCAAGUAAAGUGCGGCGUGCUCUGGAGUUCCAAGAUGGCGGCAAGACAGAGCUCGAACAUCUGCGAGUUUUACAGGCCGAGGCUGCAGAGAAGAAAUUUGCACAGAAUGAUUUGUUGCAGGAGCUGAGAAAUCUCAUCAAAGAAACCGAAUCGUGUGUCACCGAGUCCCAGAAACUGCUGGACAAGCCACGCCCAACCAGGAGUAGCACUGCGGUUGUGACUCUGGACAGUUUACAUAAGCUCAUUCAUCGUAUCCAAGCUCUUCCCGUGUGUCCUGAAUCAGCUGCCAAAGCUGGAGGACCUCUUGGAAAAGGCAAAAGUCUUGCAAGAAGAAGCAAAGAAGUGCUUGCAGUCUCUGCCGGAUAGCGCCCCCCAGAUGCAGGACAUGGUAGAGCGGUGCCGUUCUCUGGGAGUGCUGCCACCGGAAGCCGAGCAGUUGGAGAGGAACAUGCGCCAGGGGAGUGUGGCUAUCGCGCGGGUUGCGGGCAGCUCUGGUCGCUGGCAGGUCGGGCACGCUUCAGGAAUUGCGUUCUCUGCUGCAGGAGGCUGUGGAGGUGGCCGAGAGCCCCGCGGUGGAGAAAGCUCGCAGCGAACUGCAGGAUCUGAUCUCCAUCGCUCUGCGCUGGGAGGAAAAGGCUCAGAUGUGCUUGGAGGCCAGACACAAGCAUCCGCCUGCAACACUGGAGGCGAUCAUCAAAGAGGCGGAGAACAUCCCGGUGCAGCUCCCCAAUACCCUCAGCCUGAAGGAGGCCCUUUUUAAGGCCAGAGCCUGGAGUGCCGAUGUGGAUGAGAUUCAGAGCGGGGACCAUUACCCUUGCCUGGAUGACCUGGAGGGACUGGUGGCUGUGGGCCGGGACUUACCUUUGAAAAUGGACGAGCUGCAUCAGCUAGAGGUACAAGUGACCGCCGCGCACUCCUGGAGGGACAAGGCGGCCAAGACCUUCCUGAAGAAGAACUCGUGCUUCACCCUACUGGAGGUGCUGUGCCCCAGUGCGGAUGUUUCCUCCAGCAAUGUGAAGAGGGCUCAGUGGAGGAAGGAGAAGGAGCGAGGUCUGUACCGGUCAGACAUGGAGAGCCUGGGGCUGUCUGCACAGGACCUUCGGGACCCCGGCUGCAUAGUCCUGGCCUUCAAAGAAGGUGAACAGAAGGAGAAGGCCGGCAUCCUGAGGCUCCGGACGAUGAACUCCUCCAUGGAGCGACGUUGCGUUUGCGCCUGCGGCGAGCCGCCGGGGGAACUCAUGGUCCGCUGCGAACUCUGCCAGGACUUAUUUCACGGGCAUUGCGUCCCCACCCCCAGACUGACUUCUCACCGCGGCACACACUCCUCCCCUUCGCCGGCCUGGUGGGAAUGGGACAGCCGCUUCUUGUGCCCGCUGUGCGUACGGUCGCGCCGCCCCCGGCUGCAGACCAUCCUGUCUCUGUUGGUCGCUCUGCAGAAGCUGCCCGUACGGCUGCCGGAGGGGGAGGCGCUGCAGUGUUUAACGGAAAGGGCGAUGAGCUGGCAAGAUCGAGCGCGCCGGGUCUUGGCGACUCCGGAGAUAUCGGCCGCCGCAGCCACCUUGGCCGAGAAACGGCAGAAGCUGCAACACAGCAAAGACCCUCAGGCACUGAGAGAGACGACCUGCAACGAGCAGACGCCUCUCCCCCACGAGAAUGGAGACUCUCACCUGGAGAACGGCGCGGCAAUGCCAGAUCUGAAUGCCAUGGCUGCUCUCCUCCCUCAAAUUGAAAAGACGCCGGUCCUGGAAAUGUCCAUCGGUUCUCGGGCGCUGUUGGAGGACCUGAUGCUGGAAGGGGACCUUCUCGAAGUCACGCUUGAGGAGGAGCUGAGUAUCUGGAGACUGCUGCAAGCAUCGCAGACGGCGUGUGUGGAGAGGCUAAAGACUCUUAUAGAAAUCGAACGGUGCGAACGGAGGGCCAACCGCCUGAAGGGAAAAGACCACGAGAAGAGGAAGAAGAGGAGGAGCGAGCGGGCGGAAGGGGGUUACCCCCCACCAACACUCCAGAAGGAGGAGGUGGGACCAAAGAGAAGUCGCAGUGAUCGGGCACUGGACGCACCUCCUGAUAAAGAGAGCCCGAGGAAAGUGGGGACAGAAAGCAACCAGAAUGGAGAG